AUGAAAAAAUUUAAAAAAGCACGGGAAAAGGCUACUGAUGGAUUAGUUGCGCAAGCAAAAAAAAUGAAAUUACUGAGUGAAAAUCUAUUUCCACCUCUAACAGUCGAAACGACAGUGAAAAUUCCAGUGCCUUGUGUUGAUAGAGGAAAAGUCGAUGCUAUUAAUGUGUUAGGUGUUAUAUUAAGUGUUACUGAUGAUGGAUUCUAUAAAAUGGGAACCAAAAAUGGAAUUUUGUCAUCACUUUAUGUCAGAAACCAAAUAUUUCAAUGCAAGGAACAAUUUAUUAGUAGCAAUGAUGUACCAAAUAUCGAAAUACCACUGAGGACUGCUAGUACUCAAAAUGCAUUAACUGGAGGACAAGGGUUUAUUUUUUGUUCUUGCAAAACUAAGUGCACUACAAGACGAUGCAAAUGUAAGCAACAAAAUAUUUUGUGUAGUUCUAAAUGCCAUGAUUCUAAUAUGUGUAGCAACAAAUAA